UUUAUGUGUUUUCUUCAUGCUAACAAGUAUACAGCUUCCAAAGUUAAGCCCCUUCCUCACAUUUAACUGUAAGAGUUAUCUCCCAUUUCCCAUAAUGCAACAGGGCAUCAGUAAUGGAUGCCUCCAUUGAAAAAUGUUCUAUCAGUGUUUAUGCUUCAAAUUGCUGUUCUUUUUCACCUUUGCAUCCAUCAGAAAAAAAUUUGAUUAGAUUAAAAGACUGUAAGAGAGGUAUUGUAUCACAUCUGUUGAAAAAUGGGAUUCGAUCUGGCAUGAAAGGAGAGGCUGAUGUGUUCAGUGAAGCAGACCUAAUAUGUAAGCGUGUGGGACUUUUCACUGUUGAGGAAACAUUUACGGUAUGUCCCUAUCACAGAGACUUUCUUGGUUUACAUUGGCGCGCCAAGACCACUUGUCAGUAUCCUAACCACCAGGGAAAUGCCAAGCCGUAUCGGAGUUUCAACUCUCUUAUGUCUAAGCGGAUGGUUUCCGAGUUUGGUACUUUAGUGCCUAUAGGUUCUGGAAUAUGCAGAAAAUGUCAUGGAGAUUAUUUGAAGCUUCCUUCAUCAACUGGAGAGGUUGAAGCUCCCAUGGAAGACAAGCAUGGCAAAGAUGAGACAGAUAUUGCAACCUCUAUCCAAAACCAGCAGUCUACAUGUACUGAUGGUACUGAAACAGAAGAUAAUGAAGAAUGGAGUGGUCGACUCCGUGCAAGAAGGACAGAGAUCAUAUAUGAAGUAAGUAGUGAUAGUCAGAGCAGUGCAGUUUGUAGUCAAGGUUCUAAUUGGAGUCAGGAAGAGGAAGCCCUACCCCUUCAUGAAAUUCAGUUGACUGAUGUGAACACAGCUAUUAACAUCCUAAGCCAGGGUCAAAUUAGUCCAUUGCGAUCAAGACUCAAUACAGAAUUGAUGAAUACUAAAGAACGAACUCUAAGGUAAACAAGAUAUGUUUGUAAAACACUUAUAAAACACUUAUGCCCCCCACCCCACAAAUUGGAAUUUUUCUAAGUCCAAGGGGCAUAAAUCCAUCAAAAAUGGUGCUAUUGUACCCAAAAAGAACUUGACCUAGAUAUUCAUCUGAUAUACCUGUAUACCAAAUUUCAUUUCAGUAUGUGCAACGGUUGUGAAGAAAAUGAACGGAAACUAAAUGGGCCGACCGACAGACAGCAGCAAAGCAAUAU